AUGGUCCAAGGCCCCGCCAGAGGAGGAGGCAGCAAACCACCACCGCGACGGCGAAUUCCGGCCCCUGCAUCGCAGCCUCAGGUCAUCUCAUGGCGCUUUUCGAGUGCCCCGGCGAAGCCGUCGAGAAUAACUGAGCCGAUCACGCCGCCCGAACAUAAUGCUGCCAAAGACGAUGAAAAGGCGAAGAAGAAGCAGCCAGAACCCCGCGUCGAACUAAAAGAUUUGCAGAAAAGUUUCGCUCUGACGCGGAAAACGCCAGUUGAACCACCCGUUGAACAGAAGCCCGAAAUCACACAAGUCAAGUCUGUGUUGGAUCCAUUCUGUGUUUUACCAACGGCUCUUAAUAGAGAGGAUGAGCAAUUAUUACAAUUCUAUCUUACUGUCGUUUCGCGAGACGUUUACGGCACUCGUUCAGAUGCAGUCUUCAACCCCGUCCGAGAUAUCAGCUUUGCGCUAUCGCUUCGAUCGCCUAUGACGCUUCAAUGGAUGCUGAUUGCCGCCGCCGGUUUCGUCGCCGGUCGUCGUGGAGAAGGGCCGCCUUUGGCCAUCUUUCGUCGCAAGUCGGUCGCUUAUCAGACGUUACGGCAAAAGCUCGGCACCAGCCCGACCGGUCCUAUUUCGGACGAGUUGAUCGAUGUCCUUAUUAUGGCCACCAUGACUGAAUCCCGCAUAUCGCAACGUGACGCCUCGAAUAUACACCUCAGAGGAUACGAGCGAGCCGUCCAGACAAGAGGCGGCUUUAAGAAGAUGAUUCUUGCCUCCACAACGCCCUUACUAUUUACAAGCCAUUUAAUGCCUUUUCUUAUUUGUGAACCCCCGGCCGGCGACAUUGUGCUAGGGCCAUCAGAUGCCCGCCACGCGUUCCAUAUCCUAGAGAUAAUCGCCAAGGGAGAGAACACCAUCGACCCGUCAGAGCUACAUUUCAUGCCUCCGGACCCAAACAGUCCGACAUCAAACGCCAAAUAUGAACCUUCCCUAAAACUACACCUGAGCGAAUCGCUCCGCCUACUCCUCGCCUCCAGUCUCCUCUCCCGCCAUUUACGUCCCGAUUUCUCUACACACAGUCGUUAUGCCCUGCAAACUGCACAGUAUCUCUCACUAUUUAUUAUCCUCACCACCCUCUGGCGCCUCCACGGUGAACUUUCCCAAUCAAAACUCUUCCUGAACCGUCUAAAUUUAUCACUGAUCCGAAGCGGCGACCAAGACAGCCAGGGCCAAGACUUACUCACUAUGGAAGGGCUCAUGUGGAUCACCAUCAAAGCCGCCUUUGACGCCCUCCAGGGGAAUGCCGACAAUCAAGCCGGCCUCAUUGUUGAUUCAAUGUCGGCGCUUAAGCUUUUCGGAGCCGCCAACGAAGCGGUCAGACGAAUGCUUGUCGAAUAUAUGUAUGAAAUGUUAUCAGAAGGCAUCGAUCGCUCGGUCCUGAUUAGGAAUUCCCAGCUGGCCGGGACCAUGUCCUUGCGCAUUCAGGAUUACGGCAAUUUUAGCCGUGAUAUCGACGAAAUCACUUGA